UCUUUGUAUUUGUUUUCUCACAGUGACUGAAAUGGGCUUCAGUAGCUCCUGAAAUAAACAAAUAUACAGUUAUAUUAUCAUUUAUUUUAAAGACACAAUAGCAAACAAAACCUUUUUCUUGGCAAAAGAAAGUUGCAGCCCCUUUAGGCAUAUUACAUACAACACAUAAUGUACACAUAUUUAGAUUAUAGUCAAAUAAAACAUUAUCUACUGACAUUCAAACCCACCUUAGAGAGGAUCUGGUGUGAAACAUAGACAACAAUCGAAACAGGGUGUAUACCGUCAUAACAGAUUUUCUUUAUGUUAAGACUUCAAAAUACAUGCCCAAAUAAUAAAACUGACAUGAAUAAAUGUCAUCACACACAUCCUUACUUCAACUGCAGAUUGAUUUUUAAAUGUUAUACAUUUGAAAUUAAAACACAGCAGCGCUUUCAAGUAGUAUUUUCAAAAUAAAGACAGAAGCCAGAUAUUAAGUUACUGUGACAACUAGUCCGUCGUAUCUUCAUGUUCUACAAGAUAUUUGAAUGGAAUAAAGUAGAAAAUACAGAAGAAACGAUUCAUAAUUAUUGUUCUAACGAUACAGAGCCGUGUAAGUCGCGAGUAGAAUAUGUGCUCCUCUUAUUUUGGCGGUAGGAUAGUCAACUUCCGGUAUUGUGGCGGAUGUGGAUCAAGUCCGACACCGUCUACUUCCCGUUUUUCCUAAACACAAUUACAACGCAUUUACGGUUGUUAUUCUUCUAUGUUAAAUAUUUUUUAAUCACAUGUAUGUAAAUUAAUGCUUCACAACUCACCGGUAUGUAUUUGUAGUGACUAAACAAAAAAAGAGAAGCGGAGGUCACAUCCCGUUCGCUGUCGGUUGUUUUCGGGGGGAAUGUUUUGAUGGUGACACCAGGGGUGAACAUUUUAAGGGGAACAUGGCAGCGAGUUUCGGGGCUAAACGUGGAGCUCUGAGCAGUAACACGUCGCUGUGUCGCGUCCUCCUCGGGGAGCUCGUAUCCGGCGGGGUUCGCCUCCGGCGGGCGGCGAGCAACGCGGCGGCGGCGGACCACCAGAAGGUCUGCAUGGAGCUGGUCCGGUCCAGAGACUAUGACGGCUACGUGUCCUCCCUCCUCCUCCCAGAGGAGGCCCGGCGCUCCUCUCUGGCUCUGAGGGCCUUCAACGUGGAGCUGGCCCAGGUGAAGGACUCCGUGUCCCAGAAGACCAUCGGGUUGAUGCGGAUGCAGUUCUGGAAGACGGCCAUCGAGGAGGUCUACAGAGACGAGCCUCCGAACCAGCCGGUCAGCACCGAGCUGUGGAGGGCGGUGAGGAAACAUCAGCUGACCAAGAGAUGGCUGCUGAGAAUCAUCACAGAGAGAGAGAAGGGUCUGGAGGACCGGGCCUACAGGAACCUCCAGGAGCUGGAGUCAUACUCUGAGAACACUCAGUCCUCGCUGAUCUACCUGCUGCUGGAGUGUUUAGGUGUGAGGAACGUCCACGCCGACCACGCAGCGAGCCACGUGGGUAAAGCUCAGGGCAUCGUGACGUGUCUGAGGGCCACGCCGUACCACAGCGGCCGCAGGAAGGUCUACCUGCCCAUGGACCUGUGUAUGCAGCACGGAGCUUCUCAAGAGGACUUCAUCCGAGGCAGCCGUGAGCAGAAGGUCAGAGACGUGGUGUACGACAUCGCCAGCCAGGCUCACGUCCACCUGCACCACGCGCGGUCGUUCAGCAGCAGCGUCCCAGCCGCUGCCAACGUGGCCUUCCUCCAGACGGUGGUGCUGGAGGACUACCUGCAGCGGGUGAGGAGGGCCGACUUUGACGUCUUCCACCCGAGUCUGAAGAAUAGAAACCCUCUCGUGGCCUUCCAGAUGUACCUCCAGUCCUGGAGGAAGACCUACUGACAUCGGCCUGCUCCUCCUCCUCCUGCAGUGGUACCAGCAGAUCUGCAGGACUGAAGCCGGAGACUUCCGGAGGUCCACAGAGACAUUUUAAAAAUAUAUUAUAUAUAUAUAUAUAUAUAUAUAAAAACAUAAAUAAUAAUAUAUAUAUAUAUAUUAAUAUAUA